AUGGAGACGAGUUUUAUACCAGAAAGGACAUUUCCUGGCGACUCUCCACUUCAGGAUACAAUCAAAAUAUUUAAUAGAAUUAUGAAAUAUCAUUCUCCAAUUUCUUUUUUUGUCUUUCAUCCUCCAAAUAUUUCUGAUCCUGUAGAAUUAAACAAUUUCAACAAGAUGAUUAAUAUUAUUCAGAAUUUGCCAAAUACUUUGCAUGUUCAAAUAUGGCUUAAUGACUAUUUGGAAGUAAGUUAGAAUUAAGGAAGAAGAGGAUGCAAUAAGGAGGUAGGGAGGCGUUUAAAGAGGGAUGGUGUGAUGGAGCGACACGAGGAUGGGAGUAUGAGAGAGAACGGUGGUAUAAGUAGGGAAGCAGAGAGGGAGAGAAGGGCAAUGAAGGAGAGAGAGGAAGGGAGGGGGAAAACUGGGAGAGAUGAAGUGGAAGGGGGUUGAAAGAGAGAGGGAGGGGGGAUGGAAGAAGCAGGAGAGAGAAAAAGUGUGGGAGGAUGAAAGAGGGUUGGAUGGGAAAGGAAGAGUGGUGAUGAAAGAGAGAGAUGGAGGGAUUU